GCCCCGGGGCACUCCCGCCGCCGCCGCCCGCGCGCCCCAGUCCCGGGCCGGUUCCUGCGCGGCUCCGCGGCCGCACCAUGGCUCCCCGGGCCGCCGUCGCGCUGCUGCUGGUCGGCCUGCUCGGCGCCCUGGCGCCAGCCCGCGGCCAGGAUUUCGAUCUGUCGGAUGCCCUUGGCGACAAUGACAAGAAGCCCACGGCGCCCCCCAAGAAGCCCGGCGCGGACGACUUCAACUUCAAUUUGGAAGAUGCCGUCGCUGGGGGAGGAAACAACGACCCAGUAGCACCCAAGCCCCCCAAACCGAAGCCUAACCCAGACCCCAAACAGCCUGGAUCUUCUGGUGGCUUUUCAGAUUCCGAUCUCCUGGACGGAGCUUCCGACGGAGGGGGCGGCGGCGGCGGCGGCGGCGGCGGCGGCCAGAGGCCCGAGGGGGAGGAACAGGCUGACUCCCCCGGCGUGGUCCCUGGCAUCAUCGGGGCCGUCGUGAUGGCCGUGGCUGGGGCAAUUUCUAGCUUUAUCGCCUACCAGAAGAAAAAAUUGUGCUUCAAAGAAAAUGCCGAGCAAGGUGACUCAAGCACGAAGCACCAGCAGAGCGCGAGCUCAGACCAACCCGCUCAGUGUUCCCUUCUGGAGAAAUAGAAGCUACGCAUCCUGGAAAGCAGCCCCCGUGUUCCCAGCAGGAGACCAACGCACGCCUGCUGCGUCUUCCCAGCAAAUAUCUGCCCCAGGGCAGAGCCGGCCUCGAUGCGGGAUCCAGCCCCCAGCUGCCCACGCCUGCGCUCACGUUGGGACUCUGUCUAGUUAACCUUGACAUGUGUGUUUGCCUGUUUGCUCCGCGCUGGGUAGAAUACGACGACUAACACCGUGUGUUGGUUCGGGGGGACUUGCACACAGCUCACCCGUGGCCUCUAUGGGUUCCCCCGCGGGGUGCGAAAGGCCGACCAUCCAUCACUAAGUCAUUUGAAUCCUGACCCCACUGAAGUCCCCCCUUCCCUGUCCCCCCCUCCCCCCACCGCCGGGAGCUCUGGACCGGUUUACAAAUUACGUGUGGAUUAAACGGAACCUUCCCUGGCCUUGACCCUUUGAGACAGCGACACCAGACUUCAGUUAGUGCCCUAAUUAGUCCUUCAUUUACUAGGCGUCUUUUUUUUUCAGCUCAGACUAAUUAAAAAGAAAUAAGGAACCAAGGACUUUUUCCUUAAAUGUAUUGCCAUGGGGUGACUCGUGAAGGCUGCAGAAAGUAGUGCCACAGACCCCGCGGUCUCCCUCCUGGGGUGUGGGAAACAAACGAUCGACCCAAGGGUAGCCCUUUGGUUUUGGCAUUUCUCUUUUGCCCCUGUUUCCCUCCACUGGUCUUGGUACAUCGGGGACGAAGUCUUCUCAGCGUCCAGAUACUCCCCUGCAUGAGAUACUCCUCUGUAUUCAGAUACUCCCCUACGUUGAGAUAUUCCUUUGUAUUCAGAUACUCCCGAGCGUUGAGAUAUUCCUUUCUAUUCAGAUACUCCCAUGCAUCCAGAUAGUCCCCUCCAUCAGAUACUCCCUGCAUUCAGAUACUCCUCUGUAUCCAGAUACUCACCCGUAGUAGGUUCUUCAUAUUCAGAUACUCCCAUGCAUCCAGAUAGUCCUCUCUAUUCAGAUACUCCCAUGCAUCCAGAUAGUCCCCUCCAUCAGGUGCUCCCUGCAGAUACUCCCCUGUAUCCAGAUACUCACCCGUAGUAGGUUCUUCAUAGUCAGGUACUCCCAUGCAUUGAGAUAGUCCUCUCUAUUCAGAUACUCCCAUGCGUUGAGAUAGUCCACUCUAUUCAGAUACUCUCCUGUAUCCAGAUACUCACCUGUAGUAGAAUCUUCAUAUUCAGAUACUCCCCUGCAUGAGAUACUUCUCUGUAUUCAGAUAUUCCUUUGUAUCCAGAUACUCCCCUGUAUUAGAUACUUCGUACUCAGAUACUUCUCUGCAUCAGAUAUUCCCCUCCAUCAGCGACUCCCCUGCUUCGAGAUACUCCUCUCCAUCAGCUGCUCCCCUGUAUCCUGAUACUCUCCACUAGUAGAUCCUUUGUAUUCAGAUACUCCCCUUCAUUAGAUACUUCAUAUCCAGAUACUCCCCAGCAUCAGAUACUCCCCUAGAUCUUCCAUAUGUUUUUUGGGGGGGUGUGGGAAUGUGUUAACUGUAACGUCUUUACAAAAUGUUUCAACUGCUUUGAUGUGAAAGCUCCCUUUAACGUUGGGGUAGGACUGCUUUGUGACCAAGGGGGGAUCUCCUGACCUAUUUCCUAACAGCUUGAGAUGAACGGAAAGCACACUCUUCCUCCUCGAAAUAAACAAUGACUUUUCUACAUCGAGAAACCCUCCCCGCAUGGUUUCUGGAAGGCUGCUGGUAUGCAUACCUUUAUAUACAUUCCAGAAGGGCUUCGUCGAGAUUGUUGUCUUAAUCUCAUCAAGUGCAGAAAUUGUGAUGUUCUGGGGAUGGAAAGCACGGUCUGGCUAUUUUCCUUUUAACUUUCCUGUCUCUGACAGUUUGGUAACCUUUCGGUUUGUGGAAUGGUUAAAAAAGAAAAGAAAAGAAAAGAAAAAUGGUUGAGACCCCUGGUUAUUUAUCCGAUGCCUCCAUUAAUUCAUUCAACAAACACCUAUUAGACGUCCCUCCGCCCUGCCCCCUACCUGAUGGCUCAGGCAUGUACAGAAGUGAACAGGGCAGUGUGUGUUUCAGAGGACCUAACACACACAUGUCGAGUGUUGGGACCGACCCGUCGUCAAGGGGCUGAGGGCUGGGUCCCGGUGCUAACGAGCACACGACACCUAGGUUUACAAACAGCACAGAAGUAUCCACGUUCUUCCCAAACGAGCCUUCAACGUCAGGUUGUGUACAUAGACUCGCUUUACAGUAAGAAGAAAAAUCGCCUAAAAUCUCUCUGUAACUCUGUGAAUAACACUGACGGUUUGACAAGCAUUGCAGUCAUGCUAUGAGCAUAAAUGUCUCCUUAAAGAAGAGAAGAGUGGACCGUGGGUAUUUUUUUUAAAGGUAUGUAAAACCAUGACUCGUUCAUAAAUAAACAUAUACGUGUACGAGAGA